AUGGACGCUACUGCUCGUGGCAUGCUGCUUGUGUGCCUCGUGUCCUUGGCGCUGUUUCCAGACACGUUUCAGGCUCUAGGGCCUCCCUCAUGCAAUGUGUUCCGGGGCGAACAUCGAUCACAUGAGACUACUGUCUGCGGGACUGGAAAGCCUGGAGCUGAAACAGCACUUCGCGGACGUGCAGAGAUCGAUUUGAUCUUGCCAGAAGUUAUAUAG